AUGUGUCAGUCUGCUGAUGGUAUUGACAAGAUGAACAAGACAACAAAUGGCCAGAACAGCAGUGGAAAGGAGUUCCUGGUUACCUUUCCAGAGAACAAAUUAGAGGCUAACAAGCCGGAACAACAAUGUAUCAUUAUUACGACCCUUCUGAAUGCUGCGUCUGUGCAGGUCACCAGUCUGUCUCUGAGCAUCAACUUCACACAUACCGUGAACAUCACCAGUGCUGAGGGCGAUUACAUUUGCCUAGAAGAAGGCAUCCAGUUGUCAGGGAGUGGAAUAACAGAUAAAGUAGUACGCAUCAUAUCCGAUAACGAUGUGAAUGUUCUUGCUGUCGAUUUUGGAUUCAAGUCCAUGGAUAUAUAUCUUGCACUACCCGUUGACCAGUUCGGGUUCAGUUUCUAUGUAGUGACCUAUCAGAGUACAAAUGAUAAGACACAGUUCUCAGUGACGUCUUCUUCCGCCGAUACUUCAGUAACCAUAGAGUUCCCACCUGGUCUGACUACAUUACAGUAUAAUGGUAUCACCAUUCUAAAUCCAGAUAUAAUAUAUGUAACCCUACAAAAGCAUGAAGUUAUCCAGUUCCAAAAUGACAGAGACCUGACAGGAACGUAUGUCUCCUCAAACAAUCCAACUGCUGUGAUAGCGGGUGCACGAAAAUCUUCUUUGGACACAAAAUCGAAAAGAGAUCACCUUGUUCAACAAAUGCCCCCCGUUACUACAUGGGGCAAACACUUUGUGUCCGUUCCCUCCCCAGAAAAGACUAACACAUCAGAGGACCUGUAUCGCAUCCUUGCAAGCACCUCAAACACAACGGUACAUGUAGGGGGUUCAAUUUACCACCUGGAAAAAGAAGGGGACUGGUUGGAAACAAGGAUCUCUGCCACAGAUCCUGUUGAGAUCACGUCAAAUGAAGCAAUAUUGGUGGUAAAGUUUGUGACAGCUACAAGAACCUUUGAUCCCUGUAUGAUGAUUGUUCAUCCCAACAUCCAGUGGCAAUAUCAGUACAGCUUCCGGUUUCCUGACACAAAUACAUAUGCUUAUGCAAUUGUCGUCAUUGACUCGUUCUUCAAAUCAAGUUUAAUGCUAAACUCACAACCUCUCGAUAUACAGACAUGGGUUGACGUUAUGGACACGAACCUGACAUCUGGAUAUAUCCUUCUUCCCAAAGCCUCCUACGUCAUACAAAGUGCUAGUGCUUUGUUUGGGGUAUAUAUACACCAGAAGGAUAGAAGAGAAGCCUUCUGCUCAGGAGUUGGACUUGAUCUCACGCUGAUUAAUGAGGUAAGGGAAACCGAAAUCACUUAA